AAUGCGAUCUCGCUUCGACUUUUCUUUUCGUUCUCUUCUUCCUCGCUUUCACGCUUGCUCUGUGUCCGUAGUUUAUCUUUGUGCUGCUUCUUGCCGCUGUCGUGGGGGGAAAGGAUAUCACUACGGAAAACGAAGGCAUGCAACCAUGAGGUACCUCACACGCGCUGUACAGGGGCCGGUAGAGCAUCGGCUCACCUCUGCCCUCUCCCACCUUCCGACGCGAUCCAUCGUCGCAGCCAGCACCUGCCUCUUUGCCACACAUCGCCACGCCUCCUCCAAUAAUGACGACAACAUCAACGGCGGUAGCAGACGCAGUGAAAUGGUUGUGGACGCCGUGGCGCGGCCGAUGGGGUACGGCCCCUUCAGCGCCACCGCCAAGACGCGAGUGUUGCGUGAGAAGGCCGCUGCCGAUCACCGCCGUCAGACGGGAGACUCAUCGGCAACAGCCACAGCAGCGGCACGGACUGCGUCGACUCCGACGGGUCUCCACACCUCUGUCAUGCACAACGUCACCCUCCAAACGAACCUGUCCCUGCGCCUCUCCCUCGCCGGCCUGCCGCACCCGUCGCAGCUGCGGGACUGGGCCUAUAUGUCGGCCGAGUGGCGACUCGCCUUUAUCCGGCUGUACCGUGCGAUCUUGCGGCUGCAUAAUAAAACAGUGGCGGUGUCGCUGCACACGGCCCGCGGUGAGGGCCCAGAGGCUGCGGUGAUGGCCGUCACCGGUGUUCAGAAAACGCAAGACGGUUCAGCCGUGGCGGCGGAUGUGAAAGAACACGAUGUGAAUGUGGCGGCGAAGACGGCGGACGACUACCUCCUCCGUUACCUGCUCACCCCUGAGCAGCAGGAGUUUGGCAAUCGCUUUGUGCAAGGAGAGUUCCAGCGCCACAUGGAUGCCGAUGCGGUCUCCGCGGCUAUCUUCUACUCGUCCUGGUACGACUACGUGCUGCAACUCGCCUCCGGUGUGACGAGUCGCGAGAUGACGGAGAAGGAGAAGCGACUGUUGUCGGAUGAGCAGAAGGAGAAGUUGAACGCGCUGCGGGGCGCGUUUGUGGACCUGCGCGUGUCGAAGGCACCACAUUACGUGCCGUAG